GCAUGCGCGGGCUGGGCUGGGUGGAGGUGGAGAGGAAGAGCUGCCGGAAGUAGGCGGCGGAGGUGGUGGCAGAGCAGGCGGCAGCUGCCAGGGAAACCGAGGCGCGGGACGCACGGCCCGCAGACAGGCAGGCCAGGCGGCGUCUCUGCGCGCCCAGGAGUGCCCCGUUUGCCUGGGCUGAGGGUCUCUAGUCCGGCAGCCUCCUCUGGACUCGGGCCUUUCCCUGAGCCCGCCAGGGGGCGCCGCACUGAGGGGGCUGCAGAGUGGGGGGCGGGCGCGGCUGACAAGAGAAGGGGGCGCCCGGCCCGGCCCGAGGGGGAGGGCUUUUCCCCCCGCUCAGGAGGUGCCCCUGGGCGGGGGACCCGGAGUCCUCACCUCCGAACUGAGGCAGGGGUUCCUGGGGGCGAGGAGGGCGCUUCGCCCUCUGCCCCCGCCGGCACCCUGGCCAUGACGGGCAAGUCGGUGAAGGACGUGGAUCGGUACCAGGCGGUCCUGGCCAACCUGCUGCUGGAGGAGGAUAACAAGUUCUGUGCCGACUGCCAGUCCAAAGGGCCACGAUGGGCCUCCUGGAACAUUGGUGUAUUCAUCUGCAUUCGAUGUGCUGGAAUCCACAGGAAUCUGGGGGUGCACAUAUCCAGGGUAAAAUCAGUUAACCUCGACCAGUGGACUCAAGAACAGAUUCAGUGCAUGCAAGAGAUGGGGAAUGGAAAGGCAAACCGACUCUAUGAAGCCUAUCUUCCUGAGACUUUUCGGCGACCUCAAAUAGACCCAGCUGUCGAGGGAUUUAUUCGAGAUAAAUAUGAGAAGAAGAAAUACAUGGACCGAAGUUUGGACAUCAAUGCCUUUAGGAAAGAAAAAGAUGACAAGUGGAAAAGAGGGAGUGAACCAGCUCCAGAGAAAAAAAUGGAACCUGUUGUUUUUGAGAAAGUUAAAAUGCCACAGAAAAAAGAAGAUCCACAGCUACCUCGGAAAAGCUCCCCGAAAUCCUCAGCACCUGUCAUGGAUUUGUUGGGCCUUGAUGCUCCUGUGUCCUGCUCCAUUGCAAAUAGUAAGACCAGCAAUACUCUAGAGAAGGAUUUAGAUCUUUUGGCUUCUGUUCCAUCCCCCUCUUCUUCAGUUUCCAGAAAGGUUGUAGGUUCCAUGCCAACUUCAGGGAGUGCUGGCUCUGUUCCUGAAAACCUGAACCUGUUUCCAGAGCCAGGGAGCAAAUCAGAAGAAACAGGCAAGAAACAGCUCUCAAAAGACUCCAUCCUUUCACUGUAUGGAUCCCAGACACCUCAAAUGCCUGCCCAAGCAAUGUUCAUGGCUCCAGCUCAGAUGGCGUAUCCCACAGCCUACCCCAGCUUCCCUGGGGUCACACCUCCUAACAGCAUAAUGGGCAGCAUGAUGCCCCCUCCAGUAGGCAUGGUAGCUCAGCCAGGAGCUUCUGGGAUGGUUGCCCCCAUGGCCAUGCCUGCAGGCUAUAUGGGUGGCAUGCAGGCUUCAAUGAUGGGUGUGCCAAAUGGAAUGAUGACCACCCAGCAAGCUGGCUACAUGGCAGGCAUGGCAGCUGUGCCCCAGACAAUGUAUGGGGUUCAGCCAGCUCAGCAGCUGCAGUGGAACCUUACUCAGAUGACCCAGCAGAUGGCUGGGAUGAACUUCUGUGGAGCCCAUGGCAUGCUGAGCUAUGGACAGUCGAUGAACGGCGGAAAUGGACAGGCAGCAAAUCAGACUCUCAGCCCUCAGAUGUGGAAAUAAAAAACAAAACACCUGUAUGGCUACCACUCUCCUCAACCCUCUCUCCCCCACUUUUCCUCUUUCCCCAACUCCUCCCACCCCAUCCCCCUUUCCUACCUCUCUGUUUGGUUUAGAAAUUACUCAAUCUGUCGUUUGGGGGUUGGCAUUCUGCCCAGCCCAGCCACUUCCCGGACACGCAGGCCUCUCUGUUGCUUUAUGACGAACAUGUCCCCUCGCCAUCCCGCCUUCCUCUGCAGCCUCAGCCCCAGUCCUCUCCUGGCACCAGCACCUUAGGAAUUGUUGGCAGAAGGCACUUAAACUGUGGGAGAAAAGUGCACACCUCUGAGUACCUUUCCCGUGAGGUUAAACCUCCUAUCAGACUCUCAGGAAGGUCUGUAGGUGUUGUCUUUUAGGCAAAGAGGGGAAGGUGUAGAGGUACUUCCGUAUGUGUUGCUAAGCUAUUUCUGCAUGUUUAAAUUUUUGGUUGAAGAGGGAGGCAUCAUGCUCCCAUAAUUUAUGGGAAAGAAGAAAGUACUGAAAUCAAAUUAAAUACCCCUUGCGUCUUAGGUCAGGUUGGCCCUAGCCCUGAGCUGAGGCAAACACCCUGCUGUGGGGAUAAGCAAAAAUACUACUCUACUUUGCCCUGAAUCGAGGCUUCAGGACUCGCCGCUUCACUCAGCAUUUAUUAGCACCAAAGACUUUACGAAGGUCCCACAUGAGAACACACACCCCGCCUCCAUGCUACCUGCAGUGGGAUCUGGCUGUAUGGCUGGAGGACCAGCCCCUCCAGCGGGAAUGCAGAGCUUAAUGUGUGUACUGCGUGUGUGUGUGUGUGUGUGUGUGUGUGCGCGUGUGCGCGCGCGCGUGUGUGCGCGUGGAUCCUUUUCCCAUCUGCUCUGGGUGUUUUGUUUUGUUUUAGGUUUACACAGAGAGGAGUUAAUUUAUCAACAGCCUAAAACUGUUGCCACUUUUUCUUACAGUUUAAAAAAAUUGCAGUCUCACAGAUCGCUCUCUUCCUCCUCCCCCUUCUCUCCCAAUCCGCCAGUCACUCUCUCAUGCCUAUGGUAUCCCAGGCUGCUGUUUCCCCACCUUCUCCAGGUGUGUGAGGCAGAGAGCCUGGAGCUUUCCUCUCGGUCAUUAUUCACCCUACGUGAAAAUUAAAACGAGAAAACUUUGCUUAAAAGAUUUCACCUGUGGGAACCACAAUUCCUGGUUGCCUUUCUCCUGUGUAUGUGUAAAUUCCUUAAUAAAUAUUGCAGGGAAGGACCA